CGCGGCUCGCCGUACUACGCGGUAACUAUGGCAACUGUAGUAACGUUAUAAAGCCGUCAGACUCAGGUUAGAGUUCAAAGGAGCCCAAACGAAGCCGCUGGGUGAUUUCUUUUCGGAGUUUAGUCGCCAAAAAUAACACGACGUAACGUUAAGUUUUCUUUUCAUGUUAGCUCGUUGUUUAAAGUCAACAAAAUCGACGCCAGAAAGUAAAUUUUGUUUUGUUUAUAAUGUUUGUAACUGACUUUUUAACGUCGACGACAUCAACUGGAAGCAAAAACCGUUAGCGAGGCAAAAUUCAAAUUAAACGGAAAUGUUUAAAGUGAGACGUUGAAGCGAGAAGUUUGUCUAAAUUUAAACAUGGAUUCAGGUAAAGUUUUGCACAGAAGAAAACCGGACUUUCCUUUAAUAAGACCGAGAGCAACGGACAAGAACCAGCAUCAGGAGGUCGGUGUUAAAAGUAUUGAACUCAGUAAGGUGAUUCGUCUUCUUGAAGAUCCUUUGACAGCUAACUUAAAGGACAGGCACCUUUUUGUCCUGAAGAAACUCCUGAAGAGAAGCCAGAUUGGUUUUCUUUUGAAGGAGCUGUCAGUCAUUGCCAAAAUACUCAACAUCUGUGCUGAGAAAACAGCGGAUCAUCCUGAAUUUGUGCCCAUUUUGUGUGAGGCGCUGCAAAUUUGUAGGCUUCCCUUCCUCAAGGAGAAAACAUCUGAUGAGCUGAACUACGCUCAGGACGUCAUAGAGUUCCUCUCUCACAUGGGCUGUCUGAUGAGGGUGUCAGAUGCUGAAGUGAGACAGCACAUAGUUGAGACUGUGAAAUCGCUCUACAGCUGUGUGGCUCCUAAAAAGAUGCUUGAUGGGCUCCAGCCCACCUCUCCAGGCUACAGACUUCAGCUGCUUGAGCGCAGUGACCUGGCUCAGACGUUGCUCCUCUCCAUGGCCGCUCUGGAGAACCAGCCUGCCAUCAGGCUGCAGCUCCUGCAGACACUUCAGAUCCUCUCCAGCUCCUCAGAUAUGAACUGUGAGUGGAUUCUGAAAGCAUGUGGAGCAGAGACAAUCUGUCUCCACAUGAACGAGCCCGACCCGACUGGUCAAGUCCUGUUUCGCUCCUCUGAAAUCCUCUGGAACCUGCUGGAGAGAGGCAGCAAGGAGGUCACUGCCCAGCUCAGCAGCAUGGAGUGUGUCAUAUCUCUGAAAGACGCGUUUUGUCACCAGCUGAUGAACGGUGUGCGACUUUCUGACCUCCAGCUCAGAAAUGAUCUGCUUGUGAUCACAAGUCUCAUCGCUGAAAAUCCUAACUCGCUUCUUAUUGAGAGUUUAUUUGCCAGACAGCUCGUAGCUGUCGUCACAUUUCCAGAGUUGAAAAGCCACCACCCUUUGGUCCGCAACCUCAAGCUCUCCUACAAUCAGGAAGAUUUGAAAAUGAAGAAGCUGCUGUUGAAUCUGUUGGUUUUAAUGUCGAAGGACUCGGCUGCUCUGCAGCUGUAUAAAGAGGAAAGAGUUAUGAUUGCUCUACUGAUUCUCGUGAGGCCGCCUGUUGCCUCAUCUGAGCGGCGGUCAGCUUCUCGUCAGUGGUCCCCCGUCCAGCAGGAGGAACUCCAGCUGCAGGCGCUGGCCACCCUGUCCACCAUCGCUCCACUCCUGUUGGACGACUACAUGGCCUGUCAGGGAAACGCGUGUCUGCUGCUGCUGCUGGACUGGUGCAUUGCACAUGAUGCUUUCUUCGGUCAGGGUCUCAGCUCAGAAGGAAGAGGCAGCACGAAGACUCAGAUGCGUCAUUGUAUCCGAGUGCUGAGAUCUGUGACGUCUUUGGGUGAAGAAUCAGUCAACCAGGAUCUUUGUGAUCAAGGAACCAUCAACCAGCUUCUGGGGGUUUUGAUGCAGAUGGAAGCGAGUCCUGAUGAGGACGAUGACGUCACCCUGGAGAUAAAGUCCGAUAUUCAGCUGAUACUUUCAGCGCUGUGUGAGAGCGACAUGCACAGAAAGGAGCUGUUUGGAUCAGAGGGAGUCGAGAUGGCAGUUCACUUCCUGAAGAAAGGCUCCAGCAGUUUCUACAGCGGUCUGGGACACAACAAGCUCGUCCUCUCCACAGUGGACUGCGUGUGGUCCUGUAUUGUGGGCUGCUACACCACAGAAGAUUACUUCUUGGCUAAAGGUGGAGCGUCUCUUCUGUUGGACUUACUCACAUCAAGCCCCAGAUGUGCACACUGUAACGUCCUCGCCACUCUGCUGGAGUUGUGUGACAACCCCAACACUCUGUCUCACAUCCUGAGCUGGAGGGACAUCAGCGGUCAGACAGCUCCCAGGUUCCUGCUGCAGCUGUGGAGAGACGAGGAGGAGGAACUGAAAGUCAUUAGAGACAAACAUGGAGGAAUCACAGACCCUCAGAGGCCGAUCCUCAGUCAUCACCAGCAGGAGGACACCCAGCUGUCAUUUCCUGCCAACAAACCGAGCGCAGCAGUGCUGGAGCUUUCAGAAAAUCUGCGCUCAAAGAUUUACUCCAUCUUCUGCAAACUUGGUUUUCAAGACCUUCCUGGAUUGUCAAGAAAACAUUAUGUGACCUUGAGCAUCGUCAGGAGAUAUCUGGAUUUCAAGGUCGGGGAGGUGUGGGAAGAGAUCAUCAGGGAGCUGAGUUUGGACGGCGUGAGGCCGAUAACCCCCGACGAGGAGGUUCUGAGUACGAUCCAUAAGAUUGCAGAGGACACAGCGAGGAGGGUCGCAGCAGAACAAAACAGCAUCCUGGAACAGCAGGAGAAGGAGGACAUCGCUGAGGAGGAGCUCAUGUACACUGAGAUUAAGUCUCACUGGAAGCAGCGGGAGCUCACAGCCAAGUCAUGGGACAAUUAUGUCGCCAGGACUUCAAACUAUGAGAUCCUGAAGGAAAUAAAAGCACAGAGGGAGAAAUAUACUGAAUCAUCCAAAUCAAAGCAUGAGGAUGCUGCAGUUCAUCCCACACAGCAUUUCAUCGGGCAGGUGAUGUCUAUAGAGAGAACAGGUGUUCCGAGUCCCGCAGGAGUAAAAGUGACGCUGGCCAGAGCUCCCAUCAAGGUUACAGGUCAGGAGGAAGUGGGAACCACAGCACAGGACCCAGAAUACUUCAGCACCGUAUCUUUAAAAGACUGAUUUUAAAUACAAGCCCUCUACACUGUGUUAUGGACUUAAAUCAGCACACAAAACAAAUCAAACGUAGCAGCACAAAGAGAUUUUUAUCAUGAAUAGUUUAUUUAUAGAAGCUUCCAGUUCAUUACCAGAGUCUGUAGAUACUGAAGAGUUUUUAUCUGUGGCAGCAAAUGCAGACAUGAGGUCACUCGAUGUGCACAAUCAGCAUCUUGUAGUCUAGUCCACCUCCAAUAACCCUUGCAGACACACAGUACAUUAACAUGACUAGUCUUUCUUGUCUAACAUAUAUUAUUUCAACAUGUCUGAUGCACAUUUUAACUGU